AUGGCCAUCCUAUUUGGAGAGCUUGUCAACGACCUUAAUGGGGCUGCAUGCGUCGUUGAUGAAGCGGGCGAUGCCUCCUCUUACCAAUCAGCCGUCGACGACAAGGUCAUUCAGCUGGUCUACAUUGCCGCAAUUGCCCUAGUCUUGAUCUUUGUCUAUGUCGUCUGUUGGAGUUUCCUCAGUCAGAGGCUGGCACACCGCUUGCGCGAGCAGUAUUUUGCCAGCCUCCUCCGUCAGGACCAGGCUUUUAUCGAUCAGCAUCAGGCAGGAGAGGUCUCUUCCCGUCUCAAUGGAGACAUCCAGGCCGUGCAGUCUGGAACGUGCGAGAAAGUCGGCAUUUUCAUCGCCAGCAUUUCCUUCUUCAUUGCCUCAUAUGUUGUUGCAUUUAUCAAGCAGGCCAAACUGGCAGGUAUGCUUAUAUCCUUGGUCCCUGCAUUUCUGCUUGUGGCGGUCAUUGGAGGCGGGUUCUUCCAGAAAUUUGCAAGCCGAAUGUCAGACGGCGUAACUUCAGCGUCAGGUAUUGCCUCCGAGGCGCUGUCGCAUAUUGCCGUUGUCAAGGCCUUUGGUGCCGGCCCGCGACUCGAGAAGAAGUUCUCGGAGUAUCUUUCUGUGAGCCGCGACAAUGCAAUCAAAAAGGGAACAGUCGCCGCUGUUCAGGCUGGAAUGUUAUACUUUAUCGCGUACUCAGCCAACGCUCUUGCUUUCUGGCAGGGUAGCCAUAUGGUGGCUGACUUGCUUUCUGGCCAAAGCGGUGGCUCAACGGUUGGUGAAAUCUAUACUGUUGUUUUCAUUCUUGUGGAUGCAUGUGUGAUACUGGGGUCAGUAGCACCUUUACUACCGCUGUUUGGUGGCGCCGCCACCGCUUUUGCAAAGUUGAAGCAGGACAUCGACCACAAAUCUCUCCUUGAUGGUACUCUAGACCACGGCGAAAAUCUCCCGCCAGAGACCCCGGGAACUGUGGAAUUCCGCAAUGUUUCCUUCGCAUACCCAUCGCGCCCCGGGGAGACGGUGCUGAAGAACGUGAAUUUGCUCUUCCCGGCGGGCAAACAUACGGCGAUAGUAGGACCGUCUGGCAGCGGAAAGUCAACUAUUGCCGCCCUGUUAUCUCGGCUAUAUGACCCUAUACAAGGGAGUGUGCUGUUCGAUGGCCGUCCUGUCUCAGAAAUCAACAUCCGGAAUCUCCGAGGCUUCAUCAGCCUUGUGCAGCAAGAACCACUGUUGCUCAGCCGAUCCAUCCUGCAGAACAUUGCACUGGGUCUAAUCAACUCAUCGGUGCCUUCGCACCAAGCACUCAGGGAGGAGCUUCUCGGACCGAAACUAAGCACUAUCGCAGUCGAGACGACAGAUCCGAGCAAGAUGGAGCAGUCAUACGGCCCCUUUGUUGCCGAGAUUGUCCGUCUGGUGCAGAAUGCUGCACGUCUCGCAGACGCUGAUAGUUUCAUCCAGCAUCUUGACCGGGGCUAUAGUACCCUAGUUGGAUCCGGUGGUCAGUCACUGAGCGGUGGCCAGAGGCAAAGAGUCGCAUUGGCGCGUGCUCUGGUCCGUGAUCCCAAGAUAUUGCUCCUAGACGAAGCCACAGCCUCACUGGACUCGGCAAGUGAACAGCGCAUUCAAGCAGCCAUCGACCGAAUUGCAGGCACCAGGACUGUGAUAUCGAUUGCGCACCGGCUGUCCACCAUUAGAAACGCGGACAAUAUCAUUGUACUGAAGGCGGGUGAGGUGGUUGACCAGGGCACUUACGAUGAGCUGGUGGCCCGGCCUGGCCUGUUCGCAGACAUGGUCAGUCUCCAGGCACUGAACAACCCGACCCAGAAGCUAGACAACGAUCUACAUUCAUGUUCUAGCUCGAAAGGAAACUCACUAGAUAUCUCCAAUGAGAAAGGUGAGAUGGGUGCUCAUCCUCGUGCUAACGGACAAGAUGAAAAGUCGUUGCCAGCGGAAGAUAUGCCGACCGACACAGACUCCAGCUCUAGCACGGUCACCCUGAACUCGACACUCUCGCCUUGGGCGGUGAUAAGAGGAAUGGGCAGGUUUGUCAGACCAAGUCUAGGCUGGCUGGUCAUGGCCAUGUUUGCGGCCACCAUUGUCGGAUUGACGUUCUCGGCGGCCGGAUUGAUAUUUGGGCAUGUCGUCGAUGCGCUGAGCCCAUGCAACAGCAGCAUCAAACGCAUAUUAUACCUUGGCCGGUUCUUCGGGGGUAUGCUGUUCAUGUUGGCAUCAGUCGAGUUCUUCGCCAAUUUCAUCAGCUGGUCGUCCUUUGCCGUAAUGGCCGAAAGACUACUGUACACCCUCCGGGUGCUGUCCUUCCGGUCAUUGCUAGCCCAGGAGAUGGAAUGGCACCAGUCCACGGCACAGGACCCGUCGACGCUGUUGUCCAUCAUCACCAAAGACAGCACGGCGAUCGGAGGGUUCAGCGGCUCGACCAUGGGCACCAUAUUCUCGAUCCUGAUCAACUUUGCAGUUGCCAUCAUCCUCUCACACAUCAUUGCCUGGAAGAUUGCCAUCGUGUGUCUGUCAAUGGUGCCAAUCCUGCUUGGCUCUGGUAUCAUGCAGCUGUACAGUCUGGCACGGUUCGAAGAGCGAAACUCUAAGGCCUUCGCCCAGUCGGUCGGCAUAUGCAUGGAAACGGUGACCUCGUUCAAGACGGUGGCGACAUACUCUCUCGAACAUGAAAUUCUGGAAACCUACAACCGAGCCCUCAGCGAGCCGCGCAGCCAGAUCCUGGCCCAAAGCAUCUACACGAAUUUCUGGCUGGCGAUCGCCAACAGCACGGGGUUUUUCGUGUAUGCGUUUGCGUACUGGUGGGGAUCGCACCAGAUCAUCAAGGGGGAAAACACGCAAAAGGAGUUUUUUAUUAUUCUUGUGGCCAUGCUGGUGAGUGCCCAGCUUUGGGGCCAGAUGUUCAGUCUUGCGCCUGAAGUGUCGCGAGCUCGUGCUGCCGCGUCCCGAAUCUUGAGUCUGAUUGGGGCGGACGGAAAAAACAGUACGCACGACGGCAUGCUAGAUCAGGGUCUUCUCGAUUCACCCACCUCCAGUCAAGACGUCGAAAAGAGUGCAGCAGAUUCAACAACAACGACAAAACCCACCGGCGGAGCCAGCGUGGCAUUCAAAUCCGUCUACUUUUCGUACCCCUCCAGUCCCAACGUUCCCGUGUUAAAGGGAGUUUCAUUCUCCAUAUCGCCAGGCCAAUUCUGCGGACUCGUCGGCCCAUCCGGCGCAGGCAAAUCGACCAUCAUCAGUCUCUUGCAGCACAUGUACCGACCUACCUCAGGCAAGAUAGAAAUCGACGGGAUAGACAUCACCCACCGUGAUUUCCGGGACGAAAUGGCCGUCGUGCCACAAGACAACGCCUUGUUCAGCGGCAGCAUCAAAUUCAACGUCGGGCUAGGAGCACGGCCAGGCCACGAAGCCACAGACUCUGAAAUCCAAGAAGCAUGCAAAUUGGCAAAUAUCCACGACACCAUCAUGGCCCUGCCGCACCAAUACGACACGGAAUGCGGACCUAAUGGAUCCCAGCUUUCCGGCGGUCAGCGACAGCGUCUGACUAUUGCUCGCGCCCUGGUUCGGCGACCCCGGCUGCUUUUGCUCGAUGAGAGCACUAGUGCCCUGGACGCGGAGACCGAGCGUGCCCUCCAGGAUGGAUUGGAGAAGGCGAUCCGCGAGUCUGGCGUUACUGUGAUCGCCAUCACGCAUCGGCUGCAUACGGUCACGAGAGCAGAUGUGAUUUUUGUCGUUGAGAACGGGACGAUUGUUGAUGCGGGCAGUCAUGCGGAACUUAUGUUGCGCAGUGAGAGUUAUAAGUCGAAUGCGCAGCGGCAGAUUUUGCAGUAG